CCUGCUUACCUACUUCAAAUAAACUGUCUGUGACCUGGGACUCAUGCUGUUAUGACCCUUGUCUAUUAUUAGAAUCGGCAAGGUCAGUACUCGAACAAUAUCAUUAUUGAAUCAGACACACAAUAAAGAAGUACCAUAGGCACCUAAUAUAUUCAAUAAUAUAUUUUACAUUUGUAAAUUUACGAAUACCUACAGAUAGUUUUCCUAGUACGGUCACGUCUGAAAAUAUCGAUACGAAAAAGUGCCAAAAACAUGUAUACAACUAUACAUUUCCCUAAUAUAUGGGCCAUAAAGUCGUGUAUCCAUAUUUUUGGCACUUCGAUCGUGUCGAUAUUUUCAGACGUGACUGUACCUAUAUUUUUGUAUCAUUCAAACCUUAAUUUAUUAACAACGAGUUACGUUUUGUAUCCAAGUACGAUGCAAUGCAAUAGCAAUCAGUAACCAAGGCAACUACUGCGCGGCAAAGACGCCUACCAGGCCGUUCCAUAUAGCGACACUGAUAACUAUCGAUUAAACCGCUGUUAUCUAAAGUUACCUAGAUCAAAAUAGUAUCAUAACAUGUAAAGCUAAACAUAUUAUUUAAAAAUGUUUUUUAAAGUUUUGGUAUUUGUGAGUUUAGUAUUAAGCGCAGAUACGUACAAAGUAUUGGUGUUGGCUCCGACCCCGUUCCGGAGUUUGGGUGUGCUGGGUGAGGCCAUUGUGAGGCAUCUUGUUGAAGCGAAACAUGAAGUCACAUUUGUCACGGCAUUUCCAAAGGAAAAUACUAAGAACUAUCGUCAAAUCGAUGUUAGCGACAAUGCACUAGCUCUUGGUGGUGGUGAUGAUGGUGCUUCGUUAACUGUAGCAUGGGUGCUGGAAAACCCCCAGCUUAUGAACGACAUCCGCUAUCUGCAAGAUGUAGCGUAUAUAAUUGCAAAUGAAACAUUCCAAAAUAAACAUUUUUUGAAACUUUUACAAGAUCCCAAAGAAGAAUUUGAUGUGGUCAUCAGUGAACUAUACGAAACUGAGUUGUAUGCCGCCUUGGCUGCGUUAUACAAAUGCCCAUUAGUCUGGAGUUACUCAAUGGGUGCCCAUUGGAUGGCUUUAAGACUGGUCGCAGAGGCCACUAAUCCAGCGUUUGCCAUGGAUUAUCUCUCACCGGAGGUACCUCCAUUCGACUUUUACGGAAGACUCAACAAGCUUUGGCUGCAAAUACAGUGGAGUUAUAUUAAAUGGGCAGAGACCAUGCCUAAGGAAAGAGCUGCUUACGAGAGAUUAUUGAAGCCAAUAUUCGAAAACCGAGGGCUCUCUCUGCCAAGCUACGAGGACGUAAUGUACAACGGUUCUCUGAUAUUAGCUAAUGACUAUAAAGGCAAUGGUCUGAUGCCGAGUACGCCUCAAAACUUCCAAUUUAUUGGAGGCUACCACGUAGAGACACCUCCAAAACCGCUACCAGAAAAUAUUAAGAAAAUAUUGGACAACGCAAAACACGGUUUCAUUUACUUCAGCAUGGGCUCUAUCUGGCAAAGCAAAGACAUACCUGUCAACAUUGUCAACGGCCUGCUGAAGGUAUUUGGUGAACUGAAAGAAACAAUUAUUUGGAAGUACGAAGACGUGCUACCUAAUUUGCCAAAAAAUGUUCACAUUCUAAAAUGGGCACCGCAGCCUAGCAUUUUGGCUCACCCCAAAUGUCUGUUUUUCAUCACGCACGGCGGACACUUGUCUUCGAUCGAGACCGUCCAUUUCGGAGUACCUACAAUAGGGAUUCCGAUCUUUUUCGACCAGUUUAUCAACAUCAACAAGGCCAUAGCCAACGGAUACGCCACUAAAGUGGACCUCACUUACAAUCUCCACAAUGACUUGAAGAUCGCCAUUAACAACAUGCUUGCAAAUUCGACGUUCAAAGAAAAAGCGAAGGAGUUGUCCCAGAUAUACCACGACCGUCAAGUCCCACCGGGCGCGGAGCUGGUGCACUGGGUGGAGCACGUGGUGCGCACGCGCGGCGCGCCGCAUCUGCGCUCCCCCGCGCUGCUGCUGCCCUGGUACCAGAAGAUGUACUUAGAUCUCGCUGCAAUAAUCAUCAGUGUUGUAGCCACCGCAUUUAUUUUAUUCACACGAUUGUUUCGUCGUAAUUCUCCCAAGGUCAACUCGGAAAAAAAGGAAAGACCGCCGAGUGCGAUUGACAACAGCACGGUUGCGUGUGUCCCCGAGAUGUUUAAAUUUGCAUUAUUGCUGUGUUCCCUAUCAUAUCUCGAUGCGUACAAAAUACUGUUGCUGGCUCAAAUGCCAGUGAGGAGUCUAAAUAUUCUAGGAGAAGGAUACGUCCGGCAUCUGCUGGACGCCGGGCAUGAGGUGACCUACAUAUCAGUUUACCCGCCAAAAAAUAUCCCAGAAAAGAAUUUUCGUCACAUCGACCUCAGCAAUACGCAUAUGGAUCUUAUAAGCCAGGAUGAUAUACUUAACAUAGGUCACUUAAUGCGGCACCCACCUGCUGAACGUGCUGACAUAGAGUACAUACAGAAAGUGGGUCUUAUAACCGCAUAUACCACAUUCGAAAAUGAGAAAGUGAAAAAAUUUUUAGAAGACACAAGUGAGCACUUUGAUGUGGUAAUCAGUGAACUUUUUGAAUCCGAAUUGUACGCAGCAUUAGGCUCUCUAUACGACUGCCCGUUCAUCUGGGGCUACUCCAUGGGCCCGCACUGGCCUGCCUUGCGACUCGUCGAUGAGACCACAAACCCCGCGUACGCGAUAGACUACUUGACGCCUGACAUCCCGCCGUUCCACAUGUGGGCACCCCGGCUAUUAAAGUUCUGGACUCAGAUCAAAUGGUUCUUUAUAAAAAUGACCAACGUUAUAAGACAGGAAAGAACAUUCUACAAACAGUACUUUGAACCACUCUUUGCAAAAAGAAAUAAGCAUCUACCUGACUAUGAAGACGUAAUCUAUAACGCUUCGAUGGUGCUGUCGAAUGAGUUCCCUGGAAAUGGUUUGAUGCCAAGUGUACCUCAAAACUUUAAAUUUAUAGGAGGUUAUCAUAUCGAGACACCUCCAAAACCACUACCACAAGAAAUACGUACAAUUUUGGACAAUGCCAAACACGGCUUUAUUUACUUUAGCAUGGGUUCAACUUGGAAAAGCAAGGACAUACCAAAAGAAAUCACGAAAGGUCUCCUAGAAAUGUUUGGAACUUUAAAAGAAACUGUCAUAUGGAAAUAUGAAGAAGACCUGCACAACGUCCCAAAAAACGUCCACAUUUUGAAAUGGGCACCACAAACUAGUAUAUUAGCUCACCCAAAUAUUCUUUUCUUCAUCACCCACGGAGGACUGCUGUCUUCCAUUGAAUCCGUGCACUUCGGAGUACCAGUCAUCGGUGUACCCAUAUACUUCGACCAGUUUAUCAACAUUAACAGAGGGGUACAAAGGGGAAGCGCCCUCAGAGUAGACUUGUCAAUGAAUUUGCCUAAGGACCUGAAAGUAGCGAUUGAUGCGAUGGUUAAGGAUAAAACAUUCAAGAAACAUGCAAAGGAUAUAUCUUCGAUUUACCACGACCGUCCGGUCCCCCCGGGCACGGAGCUGGUGCACUGGGUGGAGCACGUGGUGCGCACGCGCGGCGCGCCGCAUCUGCGCUCCCCGGCCUCCCUCAUGCCCUGGUGGGAGAAAAUGUUCCUCGACGUUAUAGUUUUUAUUAUAAUAAUAAUCACGAUUAUUGUACACUAUGUCACAAAAGCAAUAAAACGCGUGUUUGGGUCCAAAAAAUUCGUAAGCAAGAAAAAGAGAAAUUAAAUAUCGUUUACUUUA